ACUCCCUCCACCAUGUACCGCACCACGGACCCUCGAUUCCGACGACGACUAAACGAGAUCGGACAAACCCUCGAGUCCGCCAACGAAACCGCGCAAUCGUCCUUGUACAUCUUCUCGCAGAACUACAUCAAGCCGUGCUUCGGAGCGGUAGGGAACUGCCUUGGAAACUGUGUGGAUGCGAGUUGCCCUGGCGUGGGAGGGAAGAGGAAUGCGAGAAAGGCAAGAGCAGCGCGGGCAGAUCGCGCGGAGUUGAGUUUUGACUUCUAUGACGAUUGGGAUGAAGAGGAGAGGGAUGGAUUGCUGGGAUGGGGUGGUGCGGACGACUUUGAUCGGAUUGUGGGUGGGAGUGGUGGUGGUUACGGCACGACAGGACCAGCGGUACCAGCACAGCAGCAGCCACCGAGGCAAAGAGGCAUGAGUUACCCUAAAGGCCGGAGGAAAAGCAUUGGUGAGGGCGUGGAUGCCGCAGUCGUGAAUCAGCGAGGAUUCUGGGGACGACUAUUCGCGGGCAAGCCAGCGCCGUACAAACCUACAGUUGCGGAUCUACAGGACCAUCCAGGCUCGCGAUGGAGAGACAGGACCGAGGGCGAAGCUUUACUGGGUGAGGACGAGUCAGGAUCAGACCGGAUUGGACGACGAGCGAAGACGCAUCGGCGAAAGCGCAGCGGGACACAGGCUUCGCAGGAGACGACGAGCAGUUAUAGCAGUCGAGGAGACUUAUUUCCUUCCGAUGAAGAAGACGAUGCGAUACCGCUGGACGAUGAAUUUGCAAUGGUUUGGAAAAGACGAGGGACGAUGCAUUCGGGACCGGAGACGGAUUCAAGUUCGAAUCCUGUGUCGCAUAAGAGAGGCAAGCGACCUAGCGCAGGAAGUCGUGCCUCUACACGACGGACAUUCUCUUCGAGGAGUACAAAGAGUGCGAGGAAGGGCACGAGUCGGACAAGCUCGAGCGACGAGGAUCCUCAGUCUCCGCCUCAUCUUGCUGAAUUGGAGGCUCAGGAGCGAAGAGUCGCAGAGGAAGAGGAAGCGGCCGUGCAGCGAAAGCGAGAAGAGGCCUUGCGCAUUGCGGCGGAGCGAGGACUGCCUUUACACGAUUUGAAAAAGCAUGCCACUGCGCAGACGACAAGCGCUGAAAAGGCUCCAGAGAUGCAAGCGGCCUCGACAGAGCCCUCAUCUCAGGUCGGUCAGUCGUUCAUCGAUCCCGGUCAACGAGUCGGACACUGA